CUAAACCCUAAUAUCAGACAUUAUAAAAGGAGCUCUUCAGUCGAGCUUUCGAAACUCAGUCAUCGCCUCCCUCCUCUCUGUUUGCAGCAGAGCCUUUCUUUUCUCCUAACUUUCAACUAAUCGCAGCAGCCAGAAGCAGAGAUGGCACCCCCUAGAGGUCGAGGUGGUAGUGGUGGUGGGUUUAGGGGAGGCAGAGGUGAUGGAGGAGGAAGGGGUAGAGGCAGAGGUUUUUCAGGUGGAAGAGGAGGAAGUGGUGGAAGGGGCAGUGCAAUGAGGGGUGGUGGAAGAGGCCGCGGUGGUGGAAGAGGCCGCGGUGGUGGAGGAAUGAGAGGUGGGAGCAAGGUUGUCGUUGAGCCCCAUAGACAUGAAGGAGUGUUCAUUGCAAAGGGUAAAGAAGAUGCUCUUGUUACUAAGAAUAUGGUUCCUGGUGAGACUGUAUACAAUGAGAAGAAAGUCUCUGUUCAGAAUGAAGAUGGAACUAAAGUCGAGUACAGGGUUUGGAAUCCCUUCCGAUCAAAAUUGGCUGCUGCCAUUCUUGGUGGUGUUGAUGAUGUUUGGAUUAAACCUGGCGCUAAAGUUCUUUACCUAGGAGCUGCUUCUGGUACUACUGUUUCUCACGUGUCUGAUAUUGUUGGCCCUACUGGGGUGGUAUAUGCGGUAGAAUUUUCUCACAGAAGUGGGAGAGACUUGGUUAACAUGGCUAAGAAACGGACCAAUGUUAUUCCCAUAAUUGAAGAUGCCAGACAUCCUGCCAAGUACCGUAUGCUAGUUGGAAUGGUGGACGUGAUCUUUUCUGAUGUUGCUCAGCCUGAUCAGGCUAGGAUUUUAGCACUCAAUGCUUCCUAUUUUCUGAAAACUGGUGGUCAUUUUGUCAUUUCAAUAAAGGCAAAUUGCAUCGACUCCACUGUUCCUGCAGAGGCUGUGUUCGAAAGUGAAGUGAAAAAGAUGGUGCAGGAGCAGUUGAAACCUAGUGAGCAGGUCACCCUCGAGCCAUUUGAGCGAGACCAUGCUUGUGUGGUAGGGGGCUACCGUAUGCCAAAGAAACAGAAAAUUGCUGCUUAGGGUGCUGGGUUGUAUUGUGUUUCACAUUGCUUUUCGGGAAUUAGAGGUCAUAAAGCAAUGUGAAUUUCUGGACUCUUUUUUUAUGCUCUUCGCUUUAUUUAUGUUUGUUUAGAUUUGAUCUUGAAUUGGAUGGUAAAGUAAUGGAAUGAGUUUUGGCA